AUGACGCAAUUGAAGGAUUGGUUCCAGAAUCACACGCGUGCUUCCACGAUGAGAAAGGGGCACUCAGCAGUCUUGUCCCUGAAGCAGAAGGUCAAGCGCAAGCCUGAGAACUGGCAAGCUUACAUGUUGACAUACUGGGAUCGCCUCAAGGAUGACUGGGACGCCACAUUCUCAUGUGAUGCCCUUGACUUCCCACCCAACACCAUCAUCACCAACUCUAUGAAGUUCUCCCACCACUGUGUCUACGCAAAGAGUCGGUACGAAGCCAUGCAGGAUGACCCCGAGGUGAAGAAGACCAUUCAGGAGUAUCACGAGGAGUUCGACGAGUCGAACACGCACGCGAGACUUCUGCAGCAAAAUAUUGACGCACUGCGGCAUACUGUGGAGAUGACGCUGGACGAAAUACAGCGUCAGAUGGGCAUGGUAGGCAUUUUUUUAGUAGGAGGUCCGGAGCCCAGGAGAGGAGGUGAUUUGAGAUGUGAUCAAAUGGGAACACAUACGAAGACGUACAAGAAAAACUUUAUGCAACACCUGUCUAGCUUCGACGAAGACGUCUCGAAACCUUUUGGGCAGUAUCUCGAGCUCAGCUUUCCUCUUCAGGCUCACCGCGAAGUAGUGUUACCCACUCCCAUUACUGCCAAUGCAUCUACCCCCGUGGUGUUCAUUUCCCAAGAUGAGUCGGCCACUGCGAUGUCCAAUGUGAACAGCGAUGCAGGAGGCUUAGUCAGCAAGUCUGCAUCAUCCAGCACCUCCAUGGUAGUGGCUACAGCAACAUCGACAUCCUCGCGAAUGGGAAACUCUGCCUCUGCCUCUGUGUCUGUGAACCCCUCGGUUGUGUCUUCCAUCUCAGCGAGUGCGUCUGUCUCCAUGCUCACUUCGGUGUCCGCAUCCGAUGGUCAGGUCACCGCGUCUGCCACAAUCUCAUCGCCAGCCCCCUCUCCUCAUCGCUCCAGUCCCUUGCCAUCCCUGCCGGCAACUCCGAUCUUGUGUAACCUGUCUGCCGAGCACGGCUUCGAACUCCCCAUGCAGCAGCGCAGGAAGGGUGGACUGCAGAAGCAGCAAGUCAAAGGGCUUCCGGCCUCUCGUCGCUCUAGCAGACUCACCUCUGACAUCGAGCCAACUAGUUCCGAGGCCAAAGGCCUCAUUGGCCAGCCCGUCGACUUUAUCCCCGCACAUGACCCUGCCCCCAUCGUUGACCCUGUCCCCGUGCAUUUUCCUGCGCCUGUCCUCGACCCUGUCCCUGCACAUGUCCCAGUCAUGCACAUCGACCCUGUCCCCGCGCAUGACCCUGCACCCGUCGUUGACCCUGUCCCCGCCCAUGUCCCGGCCGUGCACAUCGACCCUGUUCCCACCCAUGUCCCUGCACCUGUCCUUGACCCUGUCCCCGCCCAUGUCCCAGCCAUGCGCGUUGACCCUGUUCCCGCACAUCUCUCUGCGCCUGUCGGCUUGGUCCUCGCGCAUGCCCCUUCUGUGCACGUUGACUCUGUCUCUGCAUCUGUGCUCGCACAAGUCCCUGCCCUUGUCGUCGACCCUAUUCCAGUGUUCGUUGUCAACCCUGUCCCUGCGCGUGCCCCUGCUGUUCUCAACGAUGACAUGCUACCACCAUGGCUGCAGAAGGCACUUGGUCACCUGCGCACGCUGAAGGGAGUAUCUGGGUGGGAAGAUAUUCUAGUUCUUCUCGUCAUGCUCGAACAUCGGUCGGGUUACCCCAAAAAAAAGGCUCGCUACUCUAAGGACAUCUACAAGUACAGGCCGGACGCACUCAGUGCGUGGAUGGGUUACGGGCGCAAGUUCAACAGCCUACCCCAUGGCAUGGGAAAAGCAUCGGAAAUGCGGGUAGGAUUUCACGAGUGGUGGGCUGCCUUGCAGCCUGCCACUAGGGCUGCCAGUGAGUGGCCAUUCUCUCAAGACCGUGAUGCAUUAUGGGGCACAUGGGGUACCAUAGCGCAGGCAGGUGAUUUGGGAUUUUUUUUGAUCGUGAUGUAUCUCUGGUGGUGGGCUUCAGUGUUGGACAAUGACAACAAGCAGCGGCAGUUCUCGGAGGCAUUAUCGGAUGUGCGAUGGAUGCUGGAGGGGAUCGUGCAAGAUUUGGAGGCAGGGGCUUCUGACAUCACAGCGGGAUCUAUUUCAUCGAAACGCAAGUCUGAGACCCCACCAGCAUGCGCGGCAAAGCGAGCGAAACAGUAG